AUGCCGGUUGCUGCAUCAACAAUCGAGAAAGUGCCAUCGCCGGCGGUAGGGCGUCGUGCGUCGAGUGUCACUAAAGCAGUUUCAAAACAGAGUCGGCCACAGUCAAGGCGUACAUCACAAUCUUUUCGUUUUUCCAAUGUCAGUCAACAAACUAGUCCAUUAGGACAGGUGAAAAGCACUAGUAACGAAAUGAAUACUAAUCUUCUUGCGCCUCCUCGUCCACCUGAUCCAUCAUUAUACAUUCGAGCUGGUACAUCUGGCGUUCGACAUCUUUUUCCGAUACAUUUGACAGAUAAUGACUGUAAUGGCGGUGUCUUUUCUCGGUCCAUAUCUCGUCUACGUUCUCGUACGCCGACAACAGAGUUAUGUACAAAUAUUGAAAUGAUUCGUAAUGCUUGUUCAUCAAUAAAAACAUUACAACAUUUCGAUGUAAGUCACAAUCAAUUGAGUGAUUUACCAUUGGAUAUUAGUUUGUUGACUGAACUUGAAACAUUAAAUUGUUCAAAUAAUCAAUUAACUGACAUGGCUGAUUUAUUUGAACAAUUGAAACGCCUGAAAGAACUUGACAUAUCAUUUAAUCGGUUUUCAAAUUUACCAAUUGUUAUUUAUACCUAUAAAUAUUUAGUAAGAUUAAAUUGCGAACAGAAUUGUAUAACAACAGUUGAUAGUGGUCUUGUAAAUUUAAAACGAUUAAAAUUUUUAGUUUUGGAUCAUAAUAAAUUAGAAACUACUGAGCAAAUUGAUUUUAGUCUGAUGAAAAAACUUGAAUAUAUUCAUAUUGCAAACAAUCAAUUAAUUAAAUUUCCACGUGGUCUUCAUCAAUUACAUCAUUUAAAAAAUGUUAAUUUAUCAUACAAUCGCUUAAAAUCAUUUCCAGUUGAUCUUCUUCUUGUCAAUACUCUUGAUGUAUUAAAUCUUAGUCAUAAUUUAAUAGCAAAAUUACCUAUAUUACCAGUUACUUAUACGCGAGGUUCAAUGAUUUUUUCAAUUGAUUUAUCAUUUAAUGAAUUAACAAAAUUCUAUGAUUAUUUAUUACUUAUUGCACUUAAAGUCGAUGUAUCGAAUAAUAAAAUACGUACGAUUUCAAAUGAUUUGGUAAAAAAAUUAAACAACGAUUUAAUUUCAAGUCGAGAACUUAAAAUACAUAAUAAUCCAUUGACACAACCAGCUGUUCCAUUAGAAAUGCUCAUUGAAACUAGUGCAAAUACAAUAAAUGUACUUCGAAUGAUCAGAAGCUGUUUUGAUGAACAACAAGUAGAUGCUAAUGUUCGACAAGGUUUUAAAAUAUGUCUGAUUGGCCCAAAAAAGAGUGGAAAAACAUCAUUAGCAAGUUGCCUAGAAGAAAACAUGCCUGUAAAUAUUGAUGAAGACAUUGAAGCAACACAAGAGAGAAUUGUUCAUGGUUAG